CGAAGCACGCACGCACGGAUCCUGUUCCACUGCCCCACCGCAGCACCAUCACAAACAACCUUCACCUCACUUUCCCACUCUUGGAUCCCUAAGUCCACCGCUGCCGCCGCCGCGCCGCCGUUCCCAUGCUCUGUCCUCCCCCUGAGAUGCGACAAUCGUGCUCGAGCGCAAGGAGAAGCCCCUCAACACGCGUCGCUCCUCGCGGAUAGAGAGCAUGCCCGACGCGGGGACGCAAGGCGCUGCAGCCUCGGUGGCGGCUGCCGCUGGGGCCACAGCGGCCGGCGAUGGAGCCGAGAACGGCCGCCACAGACAUCGAACGCAGCAGGCGGAUGCGGAGAGGCCAGAGACAACCGCUAACCCAUCCCAAAGCUCCGGCUCCGGCGUAUUGGAUAAGUUGUUUGGAAAGAGGCUGCUGCAGGCUGGCAGACACGUCAUGUCUCAUAAGUCUUGGAUGAAGACGGUGCCCACAGAAAACUGUGACGUCCUCAUGACAUUUGCAGAUACGACAGAUGAUCACACGUUGCUAUGGCUACUCAACCACAUCCGGCUGGGAAUUCCAGAGCUCAUCAUCCAAAUCCGUCAUCAUAAGCGUACGCGGGUCUACGCGUUCUUCGUCACCGCCACCUAUGAGAACUUGUUGCGAGGCGCCGAAGAAAUGGGCCUGAGGAAAGCGGUGAAGCCCGAGUUUGGAGCAGGAACACGGAGCUUCUCCUGUGAGGAGGACUACAUCUAUGAGAACAUCGAGAGCGAGCUGUGCUUCUUCACCUCGCAGGAGAGGCAGAGCAUAAUUAAAUACUGGCUGGAUAAUCUACGUGCCAAACAUGGAGAGGUGCUUCACAAUAUCAAUUUCCUGGAAGGUCAACCAAUCAUUCCGGAGCUGAGUGCACGAGGUGUGAUCCAGCAGAUGUUUCCCCUUCACGAACAGCACGUCCUGAGUCACUUAAUGACGUCUUGGGUCCAGGCCGUUUGUGAGAAACAGCCUUUAGAUGAUAUCUGUGACUACUUUGGUGUGAAGAUAGCCAUGUACUUUGCCUGGCUGGGUUUUUACACCACUUCUAUGUUGUACCCUGCUGUGAUCGGAUUUGUACUGUGGAUGCUCACCGAGUCGGAUCAGACGAGCCGUGACAUCUGCUGCGUGGUCUUUGCGCUUUUCAACGUGGUGUGGGCCACUUUGUUCCUGGAACGGUGGAAGAGGAGAGGUGCCGAGCUGGCGUACAAAUGGGGAACUCUGGACACGCCUGCCGAAUGCCUGGAGGAACCGCGUCCUCAGUUCCGGGGAGUCAAGCGCUGUAGUCCUGUCACAGGACGUGAGGAGUUCUACUACCCGCCUUGGCGGAGACGUGUGUUCCGGUGGCUGGUCAGCUUGCCCAUCUGUCUUCUGUGUCUCUGUUUUGUCUUCCUGGUUAUGCUCAUCUGUUUUGAGCUACAGGAGUUUGUGAUGGGGAUCAAGGAAAUGCCUCGGCUGGCUCGCUUCAUCCCGAAGAUAAUGCUCGCUAUCACUGUGACUGCGUGUGAUGAGGUCUACAGGAAAAUUGCUUGCUGGCUCAAUGACAUGGAAAACUAUCGACUCCAGAGUGCCUAUGAGAAAAAUCUCAUCAUCAAAAUGGUUCUUUUUCAGUUCGUAAAUUCAUAUCUCAGCCUUUUUUACAUUGGAUUCUACCUCAAAGACAUGGAGCGGCUCAAAGAGAUGCUGGCCACUCUGCUCAUCAUACGCCAGUUCCUUCAAAACGUGAAGGAGGUGCUGCAGCCUUACGUGUACGAGCGCCACAAGUUGGGCGAGCUGACUUUGCGAGCCCUGUGGGACCUGUCGCUCUCCGUGCUGCUGAAAUACGCCAGGCUGGCUGCUGGAAAAGCACAGGCCGCGCCCACCGACGCGGCCAUGCCGGGAUCUGGUCUGAGGGGCACCAGGCCCGGGUCGGGGCACACGGACAAAAGGGAAAAGAAGUGUUUGAACGGGGGGUGCGGGGUGCCCGACGAGGAGGAGAGCGGCGAGAGGGACGAGGCUGACAGCGGGAGGUUCAGCGAAGGAGAAACCGAGGAUGAGAAUCUGAUCGAUUGCGGUUUGAAACUGAGGAAAGUCAGCUUUAUAGAGAAGCUGGACAGGAGGCCGCUACACAGCGGGGACAAUAGUUUUAUGGAGGAAGGGAGCCCAACCAUGGUGGAUAAAGGAAUGGAGCCGACCUCUGUGUUUUCAGUGUGCGACGACGAGUUUGAUAAUGGCGUCCAUGACGUGAAGGAGGCAGGUGGGGGCGUGGCGCAGUCUGAGGGAAUCAACCACGCCGCUGCCGCUGUUCCGCCUGCCUCCAGGAGCGAGAACAGCGCACCGUUGCGAAAUCGGAGAAGAGGCCGCAGCACAGAGCGGGGCGAAGUGACGGCAAAGAGGGAAUCGUGGAUCGACCCUCCGGAAGUGAAGGAGAGCGCCACGCUUACUCGGGCGGAGAUAGAGAGCUGCAUGCAGACUUACGAGGACACUUUCCAGGACUACCAGGAGAUGUUUGUCCAGUUUGGCUAUGUGGUGCUGUUCUCCUCGGCUUUCCCGCUGGCUGCCCUGUGCGCGCUUCUCAACAACAUCAUCGAGAUCCGCAGCGACGCCUUCAAGCUGUGCACGGGUCUGCAGAGGCCCUUUGGUCUCCGAGUGGAGAGCAUUGGCCAGUGGCAGUCUGCGAUGGAAGCCAUGGGUCUGAUCGCCAUCAUUGUCAACUGUUACCUGAUUGGUCAAUGUGGUCAGCUGCAGCGCCUCUUCCCCUGGCUCAGCCCUGAGAUGGCCAUCAUCUCCAUUGUCCUCCUCGAGCACUUUGCCGUCCUCUUGAAGUAUGUCAUCCACGUGGCCAUUCCUGACAUUCCAACAUGGGUCAAAGAGGAGAUGGCUAAACUGGAUUAUCAGCGCAGGGAGGCCUUUAAGAAACACGAGCGUCAGGCUCAGCAGCACUACCAGCAGCUGCAGAGGAAGAAACGGGAGGAGGAGGAGAGGCAGAGGCAAGUGGAGCACAUGGCCCGCAGAGAAAGAGACAGGGAUGACGGCAAGGGAGACGCGGCCGGGGAUCACCACCACGACAAAAGCCACAGCGGCAAAUCGCGCCCUGCCAGCGGCGCCGGCGGCGGGACGGACAAGCCCAAGAGGCCCAGCUCGCUCUUGGCCAACAACAACGUGAUGAAGCUCAAACAGAUCAUACCGCUGCAGAGUAAGUUCUCCUCAGGUGGCGCCCGCUCCCCUCAGUCGCCCACCGAAGCAAAACUGCCAGGGUUCCUCAGCUUCAAAUUCCUCAAAUCGCCCGAGAAUAAGAAGGAGGCCGCCACCAACGGUACAUCUGCAUCAUCAUCAUCAUCCUCAUCAUCAGGUAGCAGCUCGCAGGAGCGUUCUCAGUCACCCAGCAAAGCCUUCAACCCUGGCAAAUUGUUUAAUUUCGGAAAACCCGAAGCGGGGACUUGCAUCAACGGCGCGCCGCCGCCCAGAUCCGGGGAAGGAUCCUCGGCGGCAGAGAAACCGGCCUCCAGGUCCGACUUGAACGGUAUCCCGGACGAAAUCCCCUCUCCUGGCGGGGAGGGGUCAGAGGACAGUGAGUUGGACCCUCCCGGCCCCAAAGUCUAGUAGCUCCUUUUGGUUUCACCUCAACGGAAGAACUUAAGAGUGGAUCACGUGUGGCAAGAGCAGGCCACCUACUUGAAGUUGAAAUGGAUUCCUGUUGUUCUUGGUUCUCCUGAACAACAAACUAGACUUGAUCAGAACCAUGUUGAACCUUCUGUCACGCGUACACGACACACACACACACACAAUCAUGUCUGCAAUACAUAAAGAAAUGCAUGAGCUGCAUUUCUUAUCAUUUGAAGCCUUCAAAGCGAAAAGCUGUGAUUCUUCAUUUCUUCUGUGGCCAAUUGUGAGCAUCUUCCAAAAGCCUUCAAGCGAGGAAGAAGGAUCUCUAAGUGUACUAGAGCGUUUCUUAGUCAUUGCAAAUCGCUAUUAGACAGCUAUCUUGUUUUUAACUGUGAAAUAUUUGGCCCCUCCUCUUUUUAGGUGGAAAAAAAAAAAAGAAAAGAAAAGCAAUAUUAAUGGCGUCUGAAUUUUGUGUAACGCUGCAGUUUUAUCGUGACCCAACCCCUUUAGCGGGGCAUCCUUGAUGUGUACGCCCCGCUUUAUUUUCAAAGCCGAGGUGAGGUCUAAGCUUUGGAAACAUCUUCUCAUCUGUGGCAAUAUAGGAUUCAUUCGCAACAACGUCAGUCAACAAGGUUCUUCAUUUCACAGCGUCUAAACACACUUGGCUGGCUACUGAGUGGCAAAUUCAAAUGUUUGCACUCUGCCUGACACAUUAUGCAAACUGGACUGUACAGAUUUCCUCCUUUCGCACAUAAGCAGAAAUAGUCCAUGUUUAUUUUUGCAAGUUGCUCUCGUGACAGGAUUGCUUUAUCAGUGCUAAUCUUUUUAGUUUUGACCAAAGUGGUAUUUUUUUCCACGAUACUGUUAUUGUGGAUGCUUGGUUUUAAUUUUCAGUUCUGCACUUUCAACAACAGAUGGCGCCAGAUUUCUUGUGUUACCAAUUUGUUUUUUUUUAACACUGGAAGGCGACAAUAGUGUGCAGACUGAGCCAAGAUGGUGCAGGGAAGGCAUCGCCAUUUUGGCUUGAGAGGCAUUACCUAUGCAUUCCCACAUCACUGAUACUGAUAAGGGGUUUGGCAAUAACAGAGGACACUUACCUGGAAGAAUCACUUUGUCACACUCCGUCAUAUUUCUUAUGCAUCUCAGUCACUGCAUCAGUAGAGUUGCUCUUCUGUGUCAACAUAGAACUUUGUUUUAAUGUCACUGUAGGUCCAUGAGUGAGGAGUAAAAAUGUGUCUUUCACAUUACAUUACAUGCAAUAAGGGAUAUGUUGACAAACUAUCAGAUUGUUUUGAAAUAUGUUGAGGUGGUGAUUAUAAAUACCAGGCUGGGAGAAGUGUAUGAUUUUCAGAUGGGAAAAAUCAGGAUACUGAAAUCACAAGUUCAUGCUGUACAGUAGAUAUCACUUUAUAGACCACUUAAAGAUGACAUAUCAUGGUUAUAAAUCCAACUUUUUGACAUUUGACUCAUUCUGAGGAGCGUCUGUUAAAAUGCAAAUGAGAUACGUCACACCCUUUAUUAGCGGAAGUAGCGUUUACCUGCACCGCAAACUUUUUGAUUGAUUAAACGAUGUCAACAGCA